AUGAGGAUUUCUUUUGUUCUAACACUUCUGCCAGCUCUCGCACUGUCGGUUUUAGCUAGCCCGACUCUAGUCGAUGACGCCACAGCUACUCUAUGCCCCGGAGGAACUGUGCUCUCUACGUCCUUUAUAGGAGAGAAUAAAAACGUUCAAGUCAAUCAAUUAUAUUGCCCCGCAGACAAACAACCUCGUGUCGCGCGCGACCUCAAAGUAAGGCAGGCGAAUGUAUGCGGUGCAACAUGCAACACCAACUGCUUCUUGCCUGCAGGGGGUGGUCCAGACCCGAACGAGUGCCAUAUCAUCGCAGACGCCCUGCGAUUCGAAUCUGAAAACACAGGUGCCCUCUUCCAGAUUGGCACCGGGUCAAACAAUACCAUCACUAUGCAAUUCAGAAGUUGCCUCUCGUUCUUCCGCAACCAGGACUUCGUCUCCUUAACUUACUGCCGUUUGGACUGGGCCGACGUUAUCGACUUCGUCGCUCCCAACUGUCAAGCGACGCAGAAUGCCCAUGGUGGCAAUUGUGUCGCCAGUGAUCAGCGAUGGUUCAUCCAGGUUCAGCACUCUUGA